AUGGGAGCGGCACGUGUUAAACGCCGUUUCAGUGCAGUGGUGGACGGGCCAGUAGAGGAAGAGGAGGUCAUGAGGCUGGCACAGAGUGCUGCAGACACGGCUAGGGCAGGGGGGAGCCCAACAGGGUCAGGAACCCCAAGCAGCCCCUCCCCGACCCAUGCCCUGAAUGGCAAAACUCUACCGCUCCAGAGCAACACCAACAAUGCACGGAGGCAGAGUGCUAUUGGAGAGUCAGUUGGGGGAGAUGCAGGAGAAGGCGGGGUGAGAGCAGGAGGAACGUGCUCUGAGAUACGGAGUGGAAGAGGCAAUAAUGUAGGAGGAAGAGGGAAAAGCCGGUCAUCAUCGGAUCAGGGGUCUCUCUCUUCCCCCUCCACUACCAGCCGUCGGCGCAACAGGCGCUCAGGCCGCCGGCCCCGGCAACGCUUUGUGGGCAAGGACGGACGCUGCAACGUCACCUUCGUCAACAUGAGCGAGAGGGGCCAGCGUUACCUCAGCGACCUUUUUACCACCUGUGUGGACAUUCGCUGGCGCUGGAUGCUGGUCAUCUUCACCCUCUCCUUUCUUCUCUCCUGGCUGCUCUUUGGAUUUGCUUUCUGGCUCAUUGCCUCCGCACAUGGGGACUUCUCCAUUCGGCUUACCCCAAGCUCAGGAUCCUCUCCGGUGUCAGGAGAGGCAGAGUCUGGUGUAGAGUCUAAUAGAAAGGCAGUGGUUGAGGAGCCCUGCUUCCUCCAGGUGAACAGCUUCAUGGCGGCCUUUUUAUUCUCGUUAGAGACACAGACAUCCAUCGGUUACGGAUUUAGAAGCGUGACUGAAGAAUGUCCCCUGGCGGUGAUGGCGGUCGUUUUGCAGUGCAUUGUGGGCUGCAUUAUUGACGCCUUCAUCAUCGGGGCAGUCAUGGCAAAGAUUGCCAAGCCCAAGAAGCGCAACGAGACAUUGGUGUUCUCUGACACAGCUGUCGUGGCGCUAAGGGACGGAAAGCUCUGCAUGAUGUGGAGAGUUGGAAACCUACGCAAGAGCCACCUGGUAGAGGCACAUGUACGAGCACAACUGCUGAAGUCCAGAGUGACAGAAGAGGGAGAGUUCCUCCCACUGGACAAUGCCGACAUCAAUGUGGGUUUUGACACUGGAACAGACCGCAUCUUCUUGGUCUCUCCAGUGACAAUUGUCCAUGAAAUCAACGAUGAAUCACCCUUCUUCGAAAUCGACCGAAAGACCUUGGAGAAUGACUCCGAGUUGGAGGUGGUGGUCAUACUUGAGGGCAUGGUGGAGGCCACUGCCAUGACUACACAGUGCCGUAGCUCCUAUCUGGCUUCUGAAAUCCUCUGGGGACAUCGAUUUGAACCAGUGCUCUUCGAGAGGAAAGACUGCUACCAGGUGGACUACUCGUUCUUCCAUCGAACUUAUGAAAUUCCAAACACACCAUCAUGCAGCGCUAAAGAGCUGGCUGAGCAGAAAUACAUUGAAAGCUCACACUCAUCAUUCUGCUAUGAGAAUGAAGUGGCUUUGGAACUUGUGUCCCCUAAUGAAGGGCCUGACCAAGAUCCUGAGAGGCCUUCCCCACCAACACGAAAACCCUCCCUGGCAGAUCAUCUCCACUACAACUGAAAGUGGGGGGAGGAGGCUUUAAGAGUAAAGAGAUAUGAAGUUAAUCAGUUAAGCUGACAGACAGGCAUAAAGAGAGGGAUAGAAAGGUAGGAAAGGGCUGACAGGUUUAAAAAAUGGGUAGUGCAUGACUAUGCCAGUGUCAGGAUUAAGGACAGGAAGAAGUUAACUGUGAUUAUAGCAAAAAAAAAAGAGAAAAUUGGGAGCAAGU